GCAAACUUAUUUUUAAAAACUCCAAAUCCUAUAUUGCAUUGCACCAAAACACUUCCUAUUUACAGACGAUGGAUUCCUGAGUAAUGAGUUUUAAAGGAUGUACACCCUACUGUCUGGUCUCUACAAGUACAUGUUUCAGAAGGAUGAGUUCUGCAUCCUCAUCCUUGGACUGGACAAUGCAGGAAAAACUACCUUCCUGGAACAAACUAAAACCAAGUUUAGCAAGCACUACAAAGGAAUGAGCUUGUCCAAGAUAACAACCACAGUUGGCCUGAACAUUGGCACGAUAGAUGUGGGGAAGGCACGCCUUAUGUUCUGGGAUCUGGGAGGACAACAGGAGCUGCAGUCACUGUGGGACAAAAACUCUCUUUUUUUAUUUCAGUACUAUGCAGAAUCUCAUGGAGUGAUCUAUGUAAUCGAUUCUACAGAUGAAGAAAGACUGUCUGAAUCGAAGGAAGCUUUUGAGAAAAUGAUCAGCAGUGAAUCACUGGAAGGAGUCCCCCUGCUAGUUCUGGCUAAUAAGCAAGAUGUGGAGAACUGCUUGUCUGUACCUGACAUUAAAACAUCCUUUAGUGACUGUGCUUCUAAAAUUGGAAAGCGGGAUUGUCUCGUUCAGUCCUGUACAGCGCUUACAGGUCAAGGUGUGAACGAAGGGAUUGAAUGGAUGGUGAAGUGCGUGGUUAGAAACAUUCACAGACCACCCAGGCAGAAGGACAUCACUUAAAACAGCUAUUUGCAGAAAAUAUCUCUUUCCGAUUUGAUGCUGUUUUCAACCACUCCAACUGUCUGGUCCAGAAUGUGAUUACAGUUGUCUACCUGCAAGCAAAGCUUGGUGUGUUUUUUUUUUUCCUUCCUUUAGAAGAACACACAUUUCAUCAUCAAGAGCAGUCACGCCACCACAUGAGUGGCGACAAAUGUAUACUGUGUAUAUGAUUAGAACUUAAAUAGCAAAUAUAUUUACAAUGUUUUGAUUUGGUGCACACGCUUUAUUUCUGUUGAGGAAGAAACUUGCUGUAGUGUAAACAGUUGGUGCAUAUUUUGAAACCCUCUCCCUCAAGCCAGUCUGUUAAAUUCUAGAAGGUAUUGUAACAUUCAGGUGUAGAAUGACCACUAGUAAUAAUGCUUAAUUACAAUUAGCUUUUAGGUAGCAGUUAGUUCAGGAUAUGUACAUGCACAUUUAAUAUGUUGUUUUUCAGAAUAGUUGUGUUGUGAAAUAUAUAUUUCAACUUUUGAAGCUGGUUGACUUUAUUAGGUCCAAGAUGGAAUAGAUUAUAUGAAAAUCUUGCAAAAACAUUUUCAGUUAUACUAUCAUAUUUGCUGCACACACAUCAUAACUCAGGCCUUGCCACGUAUUGUUGUUUCUGUAAUGCGUAGUAUGCUUGUAUUUCUGAGAAUUCACUUUGGGAAGUAUUGCUUUCCUGGAAAAGAAAUGUCCAAGAAAUUGUUCAAGCCAGUUUCCCUUUCCCCUAAAGAAUACAAAUAUAACCUGGAACAGAAAGUCCAAGUACAAAGAAUGUUAGGCUGUUUCAUACCUGAGUUAUGUUUUACAUUUUUACACACCAAUUGAUACCUUAAACCAAAAAUAAAAUUAAAACAGCUUUUCAUUCUUUUAUCCUAUCAAUAAGUUUUCAUUCUGUUUUCAGCAUAUCAAAUUGAGACACUUGUUAGGGUGUCUCUUGUUUUUUGUUUUUUAAUUCUACAAAUAAGUUAACAGUUGUUGUAACAUUUUUAAUAAAUCCAAAACCUAGCAUUUCAGCAUCUUUUUAGAUCAAACAUUUUAUCUCCACCUGAGUGAAUUUCAUGUACAAUAUUGAAGUAUCUAAUGUAAAAAACAUACAAUAUGGAGCACCACAAAUGUGAAAUUCUUUGUACAGCCUGACUUAAUUAACGCACUCAACAUACUUAGGCUAAGUCAGCAAAAUGUCAAUGUGGAAACUAUUACUACUGAUUAUAUUUUAUCCAAGCUCACAUGACAUUUUAGAGCCAGUCCAAUCUGACUCAGUGUUGUGAUUGAUAUGACAUAAAAACUCAUAUCUUUUAAGAAUCUCAAAUGUUUACUCAAAUGAAUCAUGUCUUUUGAAAAACUAUCAUGUUGUGAAAAACCGUUAACCUACAUGGACCUGUCAAGUCUUUAUCAUUUUUACCUCCAAAAUAAAAGUAAUCUUGCUGCCAUA